AUGGCAGACUUGGUCGGCAGUGAUACAUUUAAGACCGCUCCUACACCCACUCCUGCAGUUCCUCCACAGGACCAUGAAGGGGAGGAGUCGUGUACCAAGAGCGAUCUUCUUUUGGCGUCCUCACAGGAGCUUGUUAAACACUUCUUUCAAGACAUCAUCUUCUGUGACGACUCCCCCACAAAGUACUCACAAGCUGUUCCUGUUGUUAAUGAUUACGGUGUUGGAGGCCACCAACACUCCACCAGAAGUCCACCUGUUCACUCAUCUACCAGGCCAGCUGGCCACAUGUCUGCUGAGUCCGACAAUAACCUUGGUGGCUAUAAUGCCUUAAGAGCGUCUAUUGACAGUACAAGUCAGCCGGGCCACCCCGAUCCUUCAAACGCUCAGGGCUACAACAUGGGCCAAGUUGGACACCUUGAACCUUCCAACAGUAGUAGCGUUGGAGGUGAGAGCCUACUGGCGUCCUCGUGGAAGUUUCUUGAAUGUUCACAAGAAGACUUCAACCCACAAGCUUUUGCUGCUGUUCUUGAUAGUACAUUGGCAGCCAACAGUCCAUCACAGACAACCAAAGAAAAUGUUAGCGGGUUCCCAGAUUACGGUGCUGGGGGCUACCAACCCUCCACUACAGGUCCACCUGUCCACUCUUCUAACAGCCACAUGUCCGCUGAGUACAACAUUAACCCUAGUGGCUGUGACGCCUCCCUUACAGCUUCUGUGUGCACCGUUAGCCAUGCUAGCCAACCAGACUCUUCCAACACUUCUCUCCCUCUCCCACCUUCCUCUCGUCAACCUACACUCCCACCUCUGUACAUUCUACCUUCUACCACUUCUACAUCCGGCAAUUAUUUCAUCAUGCAAAUGACAGAUGGCAGCCAGGCGUGUCAAAUGGUUCCCAUGAGUCUCGCCCAUAGUCAGCUAAACCGCCCACCUGCAUCACAGACAUUCAAUCCAAAGUUCAAAUCCAUUUGUCCAGAGUGUGGCAUUACAGCGACAACAAAGGGGCAUCUCAAGAGACAUCUGAAGUGCCAUGGUUCAAAUAAACGAUACAAAUGUCAAAUGUGUAGCUGUGCUUUUAGUCGAGCUGAUUACCUCAAACGCCACGUUGCAGCUGCACAUCCGAAAGACUAG